AUGUCUUCAACUAAGACAUUCCACAAACUGCUCUCCCUCCCUCCUUCCAUCCGCGCACGAAGCUUCUCCGUACUCAACCGCCCACCACCAAACUACCCCGGCCACGUCCCGCUCACAUGGCUCGAACGGGGAGCUCUCGCAGUCGGCUCGGCAUUUGGCUCUCUGCAGAACCCAUACCGCCACGACCUCAUCGCCUCGCUAGGUGAAGCCACCGCAAAGCCAUACUUCGUCUCCCGUCUGCGAAGAGCAAUGCUCGAAAACCCUACUGGAAGGCGCAUCCUGAAAGACAAGCCACGAAUCACGAGUCAGAGCAUGCGGUUGGAGGAGUUGAGAAAACUGCCAGAGAAUACUGUCGGGAGGGCAUAUGCCGCGUGGCUGGACAGGGAGGGCGUAACGCCGGAUACGAGGGAUCAGGUGCGGUAUAUCGACGACCCCGAGGAGGCGUAUGUCAUGCAAAGGUAUCGCGAGACGCACGACUUCACGCAUGCUAUUACUGGACUGCCCGUGAUCAUUGAAGGGGAGUUGGCCGUGAAGGCUUUCGAGUUUGCAAACACACUUUUGCCUAUGACGGCGUUGUCACUCUUCGCGAUAGUGAGGCUGAAGCCGGUGGAGAGGGAGAGGUUCUUCAGCAUUUAUCUGCCGUGGGCGUUGAGGAAUGGAUUGAAAGCAGAGGAGUUUGUGAAUGUGUACUGGGAAGAGGAGCUGGAGACGGAUGUGGAUGUGUUGAGGGAGAGGCUGGGGAUCGAGAAGCCGCCGGAUUUGAGGGAGAUCCGGAAGGCGUUGAGGGAUAAGAAGAAGGCGGAGAAGGCUCAACGGGAAUCAAGUGAGAGGUUGGGUGCUGUGAAGUCAGCGUGA